AUGAGACAAUCCGCAUCAAAAACACCAUCUCAACGAGACCGGAAUAUCGGCCAAGUCAUCUUAAACCGAGCAGAUGAGCGAGCUCGCCAACCUAAAAAUGAGCAUACAAAUAUCUCAAAGGCUCCAAAUGCAGCUAUCCAGCUUGAUAUAAUGAGAACCUACAUUGGAGACAUCAGUUUCGACGCCACCCAGCAAGAUCUAUCUGGUUUCAUAAAUGCAUGCCACCUCGCCUUCGACGGCAGAGGUACAUCUGGAAUCAAGGAAAAAGCAGUGAACACGAUCCUCGGGCAAGAAGCGCAGAUGCUCCGUGUGAGGGGUGUUCUUGAGUACUUGGCGAGUGAGGGGUUGAUUGCAUAUGCUUUCGACCCUGAGACUGCUGAUAAUAUGGUUAAGGAUGAGGGGAUCGAUGUGAAUGAUUUGGCGGUCAAAUUCAAGGACGUUACUGAGGCUAUGAGAUUGACGAGUCCGUAUUCGAAGGGUUGUUUCAAUGCUUCCUUUCCAUAUUCUUGGUACUGGUUGAUUUACACGAUAGCGUGUGAUCGGUUUUUGCGUCCGGGUGUUUUUGAUCUGGAUGGGAUUUCGGAUGUCGUUCAGCAGCAUUUGAAUGAUACGGCUUUACAGUGGUUCAUUGUUCUAGUUAACAUUGUUGCCAUGGCUUACUCUGUAUUAUUUGCUCUUGAUGGAGGAAUCGAAUAUAUCGAUAUUUGUUUUCGCCCAUGA